AUGUCAUUAUUGAUGUUCAAUGAUCAUUGCCAAAAUGUCUUGAAAUUAAUAGGAAAUCGCGUUGUCUCAUUACGUCUAAUAUUAACCAAUACUAUUGGUGGAUGGUCACUCAUUUCAUCUUCUCUUCGGUAUCAUCAGACAACAUUACUUCAACGUCUACAUCUGAUCGAUAUUCAACCACAUGAAUUUGAUAAAUUACUGCGUAAUCAUUUAAUAAAACAAUUACAUACGUUAUUGGUUGAUGUGGCACCAUCUAAUCCGUUCAACUCUAUUCAAGUUGAAGGAGUUUAUCUAGUUAAAGUGUGUUUACAACUGCCUCUUCUAAGAAUUUGUCGACUUCCAUUUAAUCAUGAUAAUGGGAAUGUCAAUCAAAUAAAAAACUAUUCAUUAGGGUAUCAAAUGAUUUUAUCAAAUUUAUUGAAUGCAAAUGAUCUUCGUACAUUGACUAUUGGUAUACACACAUCACGCUUUCUCGAACGUUUACUAUUAUGUAUACCAUUUAUUGAGAAUCUUUCUGUUGGCAUACAAGAUCAAUAUAUUAAUGAAAAUGAUGCACAUGAGAUAAUCUCCAUGCCUGCUACAAUUGAUGCUCAUCUUCUUCGAUAUCUAUCUCGUUUAUUUAUACAUUGUGUGAAUAGAAUAAGUUUUCAUCAAACUAUUGCGCUUCUAUCAUCUGUGUUUAGUCAACUUUGUCAUUUGUCAUUAAAAUUAGAAGCAUUUACAUUAAUUUCUGGUCCAUUAAUUAUAUCAGGUGAUAUUAUUCAACAAUUAUGUAUUGAUCAUCUCAAAUCAAUGGCAACCUAUAAUCUAAAUCUAUUACUAUAUGUUAAGGACGACUUGGAAGAAAAAAUAAUUUUCAAUUCAUUUUUGAAAGUUCCAUUUACUCAUCAACAACGACCGAGAGUAGUUAUUCAAGAACGUGAUAAUUUUGAUCUAGGUGAUAUGUAUCAUCGUUUUAUAGUAUAUACUUUACCAUAUAAUGACACAAUCCUUUCAUCAUACAUGUUUUCUAGAGAUCUUGAAAAAUCUUGUCAAAUAUCGGUUAAUGCAAUAGAUUUAUUUUCACGUGUUAAUGAGUUAGUUCUGAGUGGUUAUAAGAAGACCAAUCGUCUUUCAGAUCUUGGUAAUUGUAGAAGUUCUAUAUCAUCAUUAGUUCCGUGGUCAUUAUUAACAAAAAUUUCAGUCGAUGGUGGUGAUGUUAUCAGUUCAGUUAGAUUAGAGUCAAUAUUACGUUUGGCUUAUAAUGUACAUACACUACAAAUAUAUGAUGAUGGAGGAAUCUUACCUCGUGCGAUAUUAUUUAAUACUGAUAAUUUUGGAACUCGUGUCUAUUAUCAAGUAAGAGUUUCUAUUUUAAAAGAAACAUCUUAA